AUGGACAAGGAUUUCCAACUCCUACUGAGCCUGACCCUGGGCAUGUGGAUGAUACGAGGCUUGGCUCCAGAGGUUUCGUUGAUAGGCUUGCCAGGCACAGCUAGACUGGCAGAGAACAGCAAGGCUGGCACUGUGACCUACAGCUUCCAGGUGGCUUUGUCCCCAGGUGCCAGCUUGGCAUCAGGAUACCCCAGGAUACUCAACUCUGACCCCCUCACCAACCAAUUCACUGUGUCUAUGAUCAACACUAACAAAGCACAGGUGACAGUAACAGGUACCACCAACCUGGAUUUUGAGACGUCACCCAACAGCUUUGUCCUUCAAAUCCUCGCUGUGGACAGUACGAAGGACCUGGCUCUCCAGAGACUCACAGUGAUCCUAACUGAUGUCAACGAACCCCCUGUAUUCCUAGAUGAAGAGUCUGUCCUGUAUGUUCUGGAGAAAUCCCCACCAGGACAGAUCUACAGGCCAACAGUCUCUGAUCCGGAGAACCAGCCUGUGACUUUUACACUGACCCCGUCAAACACAGAAUUUCGUAUUGACGUUGGCUCAGGAUUCCUGACUACAACUAAACAGUUCAACUACCUGACUGACCCCAGAAGCAGCUAUGCCUUCAACCUGACAGUGAGUGAUGGAAACAACAGCGUAUCCAGAACACUGGUCAUCAACAUCGUCAACAGGAACGAUGAUAAACCUCAGUUCCUAAAUACAAUCACAGACUUCACAGUCUCUGAGGAGCUGAGUCCAGGGUUUAUCGUGACCAACAUCACAGCAGUGGUGCCCGAUGACUCCUUGUACAUCAUCUACAGCAUCGGCACCAACAACUACCUGGCUAUACAAAGAUACACUGGCCUGGUGACUAUAGCCAACAGGAUGGACCGUGACUCAGCGCCUCUCAGGGAGGACCCCGUAAUAACGGUCCUUGUGACAGCCACCCCCAGCCCCUCUGCUCCUCCCUCCAACACCAUCACUCUGACCAACACCAUCACUCUGACCAUCACCGUCACGGACAUUAACGACAACCCUCCCAUCUGCUCCGCACAGAGGUCUUAUUUUUAUACUGUUGUUUAUCUUUUUUUCUUCAGUAUUGUAUCCAACAGAUAUGUGCACGAAGGCAGCAGCCAUUAUUGCUCUGUAUCCAUUGCAUCAUUUCCUUUGACUGGAUCCAGGGUGGCAGUAUCUGAGACGGAAAAACCUGGGGCCCUGAUCACCACGGUAACGUGUACAGAUAAUGACGUUGAGACGGCCUUCAGAGAGUUCCUGUUCACUGGCCUGUCCUGUCUGGGCUGCGCUAACCGCUUUGCUCUGGAACCCACGGGAUCCAAUCAGAUCGUACUCAAAGGAAACCUAGACCUUGAGGAUCCCAGUAACCUGCUUGAUGGUAAUGAAUACAGCCUGUUGGCUGUGGCUGAGGAUAAGGAUGAGUCCAACCUAAAAGGUAGUGCAUACAUCUAUGUGACGGUGACACCUGUGAAUGAGUUUCCCCCUGUGUUUAGUCCUCCAUCAUAUUUCUACAGAAUCUCUGAGCUUCUUGGACGUGGGACGGUGAUAGGAUCAGUGAAAGCUACGGACAGAGACCUCCCUGCCACCGGCGUCCGUUACUCCCUGAUCUCUGGUGGAGGAACUGGUGGCCUGUCUAACAUCUUCUCCCUGGACCCCAAGCUGGGGAGUCUCGCCCUACUGACCCGGCCAGACUACGAGACCACCCAGACCUACAGCCUGGUCAUCAGAGCUGAGGAUGGGGACCCCAUCAGUCCGCUCAUUGCCACCACUACGGUCACUAUCAACAUCACAGAGGCCAAUGACGAGCCUCCACUGUGUGGCCCCAACCAGACACAUCUAAUAGUCCCCAAGGACCUGAGGACAGGCUCCAACAUCCAGGGCUUCAUCAUGACCUGCUCAGACAGGGACUCCCCUUCAGCCUCCUUCAUCUACUCUAUCUCGGGGGCCAGCAACCUGAACAACCAUUUUGUGUUCUCACCUUCCUCUGGCACCAACGUCACCAGACUCUUCCUGAAGGAGCCCUUUGACUAUGAGAGUGGCCUGGACCGGGUCUGGUACUACAGGUUAGAUCUGCUAACUACUAUUGGUGCUCUUAUCAGUCUGAACAACUAUCAGUCUGACAAACAGAUACUGUACAAUGCACUCUGCCUGACUGUGCUGGUUUCUGAUGGGAACCUGCGGUCUGCAGGGUCUGUGCCGAGAGGUCUGACCCAGACUGGCACAGUCAUCAUCAAUAUCCUAGUAGUGGACCCUGACCUCACCACCGUCACCACUACAACUAUACACAGACUAGCGCCACCACAGUUAACCUUUCCCUUGCAGCCUCGAGUAACAUACAUCACCGUCACAGAGAACACGUACAGCAUUGACGACUGGUAUAUAUGGUUUGUCAUUGCUCUGGGGACCGUGCUACUGCUUGGUUUACUCUCAUACCUGCUGUAUCACCUCUGUGGGAAGCUCUACAAGGCUCUUAAGCACAGUGACUGCUCCUGCUGCGAACCCAGGCCAAAGGAAGACCAGGAAGAAGUGAUCAAGAUCAACACUGUAUUUGAUGGAGAGGAAGUUGAUCCUGUCACAGGGAGGGUGUACGAGUACAACAGUAAGUCUGGAGCCAGACGCUGGAAGGACGUUACCACUGUGUCUGAGUCUGUCCCUAUGAUACAGCCAGAGAGCAGCAGCAUGGUCAUUCUGCCCAAUCACAGGCUAGGAGUGGGAGGGCUAGCACUGGCCAAUCAAAAAUGAGGAGUGAGGGAGUAGGCAGGGCCACAGAGGAUAGAGGAUCUCCCUGGUCCAGUCAGAGCAGACAAACGUCUGGGCAGUCUGCAAGGUCUGCUUGGUUUGCUCUUUCAGAAGGAGGCGUAAAAUUAGAUAUGGUACCCAUGACAACUAGGGGAAGGCCCAACAUGUCUGAAGUCUGAGUCCUCACUGACAUAUAAUACACUACUUGUGUGUUUAGAAAUCUUUCAAAUCAUUAUAGUCAAGCAUAGGAUUUUUGAUUUGGGAAAAAUGUUUAGCCUUUACAACUGUUGUGUAAACGUUUGUGAAGAUAAUGUACGUGCAGAGAUACUCAAAUACGUUGUACAUUAGUGCAAGCUGGGGUCAUAAAAUGACCUGGUAACAGCUUUGUAAAUCAAAAUAACAGACAAAUAAAUAUAACCUGUCAACGCUGAUCUAGAUUAAAACUGCUCUGGCGUUGCUAUGUUACACAGACCGUUGCCGUCAUUCACCAAUGUCGAGUGUAAACAACUGUCCUACUGAAGAUACACUAAUCCUGCCACCCUUCUUUCUUUCUUUUUCCAUAACUGUGUCUUUUGGUCUGUUUUGAAAUGCUCAGAGAGAAAAUAUAUAUAAUCACACAGGAAAUAAUCAAAUAACAUUUUCAUAAUUGCAAAGAAAGUUGCUAUAAUCUACUUUUUCAAUGUUAAAAGACCGGUCCUCCACAGGCCAUCAACUAACAGUUGGGCACUACAGUCAGACCCUACAUCAUUGGUCAGGCCCUUUUCACGAUUGGAAGUUCUCAGCAGUCAUACGAAUGGCACAGUUGUUCUUCAGAUACUCCUGGGAAGAGAAGCAUCCGUGAUCAUUUAAUCGCAGGGAUUAGACAAGCAAACAAC